CUCCACCCCCUCUUGCACUGACAGCAACUCCUUGUGCUCUGAGAAGAUGACCUCCUCUCCCUCGCUAAGCCGAGAGAAAAGGAGGUCCAGCACUUCUUCCUCCACCUCCUACUAUCGCACUGCCACCCGCAGCAUUUCCCUCCGCAAGUCCAAGCGACCACCUCCUCCGCCGCUACGCUCGGACUCUCUGAGACGACGAUCUGGUCGGAGCAAACCCUCCCGCUAUUCGACCAGUCCCCGCCUGGAGCACACCACCAAGUGCAAGUCAUCUUCCCAGACCUACCACGAUCCCUGGGUGCCCCGGAUCAAAAGACGCCAGAGUGGAUUGAACUGUGGGACCGUCACAACCUUUGAACCUCUAAGUCCAGACUGCCAGGCAUCUGCUGAGUCUCCUACUCCUGAUCACCAACCAACCACCCCGGACCACCCUCCUGUCCGCACCCCGGCAUCUCCACAUUCAGGAGAGGGAGGCCUCAGACUUACUCUCAAUCCCCAACCUGCUGGCUCCUCUGUGUCUGGGCUCCAGCGCCUCGCUUCGCCCUCCAGUGGUUACUCCAGCCAGUCCAACACCCCAACUCCUGGCACUCCACUGUCUUCCCCCCUCACCCCUUCCUCCCCUCUCACAGCCAGUCCUGGAGCCUUUUCCCUCCCCCCAACCUCCCCUUUCUCCACUUCAUCCUCUGUCCCCCUUUCACCCGUCGCCUCCUCCUUGCCCAGGACAAGGUCUCGGGCCGAUGGGAAGCCGAAGCCACUGGUGCCAGAAAGGAAGUCAUCACUCCUGUCCUCCUUGUCGUCCUCCUUUUCCUCCACCUCCUCCCUCUCAUCCUGCACCUCCUUAGAGUCUUCGGCCAAACUUCCUCUCCUGCCGCCUCCUCCUCCUCCUCCUCCUCCUCCUACUCCUCUGCCAGAAUCGUCCUCCUCUUUGCCUCUUGCUCCUCCUCUUCUCACCAAACUCUCUGUAGCUCCUCCUCCACUUUCAUCUCUUCCUCCUCCUCCUACUCUUCCUCCUCCCCCUCCUCCUCCUCCUCUACCUCCUUUCUCCCGACCUCCUCCUCCCCCUACUCCUUUGCUGUGAGACACAGCAGCUACCCUCCUCCUCCAGCUUCUCCACCUCCUCCACCAUCUUUAGAACUCCCAGACAUGCCAAUCGCUGACCUUCCUCCUCCACCGCCACCUCCUCCGCUUCCUCCUCUCUCUAUGCCCUCUGCCUCCCCCCUCCCCUCUCUAAAUGCUUGUGCUAAAGUGGCCACGCCUCCCUGCCCUCUGGUCACCGCCAAAGCUCUGCAGGGCGUCAAGCUUCGCUCUGUGAAGAACCUGGAUGCCCUGCAGGCCAAUGCUGCAUCUUCUGAUGGUGCAGUCCAAACCCAUGCUGACAUGUCAUCAGCUAAUUCUAACCAUGCUAAUGCUAACCAGGACCAACCAUCUGCUAUGUCCGAUAAAGUAAAUCGUGAUUGCCUGGCCAACACCGAUGUGGGACUUGCUGGACCGGGAUCACAACAUGCUUUCUGUGAUGUAGCUCCCAAUGAAGCUAACAUAUCUAGUGCGUUAAUGGGUAAUGCUAGCCCUAAAGACCCAGCCGAUGCUGACGCAAAGCACCCGGAACUCAAAUCAAAUCACAAUGAUUACAGACAAGCAGGAAGUGAGAUGGCAACACCCAACAGUGAGUCAGCUUAUUCUCAUCUUCAGAACUUAAAAGGCAUUAUUUGUAGCCCUGCUAAUCAGAGAAGCUCUGGGCCUCAGACAAGCAGUGAUGAAACUCCUCAAAACAUCCAGUCUGAUGAACGGG